CAUAUCCCCCGCCCCCAAUCCCUCUUUAUGGUACCGCGAUAACAAGUUGCCUGGAGUGAAAAGCGUUGCGUUUGUUUAAUGGCGGUAAUGAGGAGGACGUUGAGAUUGAAAAGCCGCCCCUAACUGCGGCAGGGUCAUAAUAAAGAGUAAUUGGAAUUAUUAAUAUGAUCAAGUAUGGCAUCCUAUUUGGCACAAGAAAUUCAGCUUGCUAAGCAGCAUGAAGAAAUAGUCUCUCGGAGAUUGGUGUUGCUUCAGCAGAUGGAGAGUCAUCUAAGAGACAAAGACGCUGAGCAGGCAUGGCACACGCAAGAAGCUGAUGCAGCUCAUAAAAGAAAUGUAUCCCUUUUAAAAGAUAUUGAGGCAGCAGCAAAAAAUCUACAAUCCAGAGAGCACUUGCUUCUCCACCCUGAAAUUGUUAACCUUGAAAUUCCAACCAGUGUCAACCAUGGACCAGAUAAAGGAGAAAAAGCAACCUUGCCCAUCCCUAGCUUCGAAGAAUAUCUAAGAGGAUGUCUAGGCCGUUUUGGAGAUGUCUCCCCUAUGUGAAACUCUAUUGUGCUCACACUAGUCUAUGCAUGAUUAAAACGCCCCCAUUUCCCCCGCAGUUGUUGCUCCAUGUGAUAAGAUAGGCACUUUUGCCCGAUCUCUCGUAUUAUGAUUGAAGUGUCGGCAUUCCGUUUGAGUUCCUGCAAUUACAGCCCCAUGUGAAAUAUCACCUUACCAGGUGUAACGGAGACAAGGAUCUAGUGUUAAAAAAUACAGAAUGAGUUAUCCUUUUUUUUUCCCCAGACCUUUACAAGGCAGAAAAUGCUGUAGUAGCACCUCUUGGAACUCUGAAAGGUUUCCCAAUGGAAGCUUCCAAAUUGCCAGCCAACUUUCCAGAUGCAACACCCUGGCUUUAUUGCACUGAAUGGGAAUGUUGCCAUUGAGCUAAGCUUGUUGUUCUGAUAAAAAUCCAUAUUUUUAUACCGAGGACUGGCUAGAAACUGGCACUUUAUCCCUUAAAAUAAUCCGGGGGGGAUCACGAGAGUUCCUUUUACAGAGUGAAAAAUACACACAGGAAGAUGUUUUCUAAAAGUAUUUUACCCAUAAAAAU